AUGAGCUUCCUCGGUCUCCGCAAGUGGCCUACUCCCGUCGCUAAGCCGAUGUGGCCUUUCGUCGCCGCCAGCGCGUUGACGUUCUUCCUGGUUGGAAAGGCGCAGGACAUGGGUGUCAAAUCGGAGGGCUUCCGCAACGACCCCCGCAACCCCUAUGCGGCUCAGAUCGCCAAGCAGUCCCACCACUAG